CAAAAGUGGACGGUUAAUAAGUUCCAAAAGAAUCAGAAUGGGACAAUAUAAUGGUACAACACUGAGAAAAAGCAGAAAUGUGACACGUGACCUACCUCGGAAAUCAUACAAACUAUUAUGUUGGGUUUUAACAAGUCCCAAAGACUUAACCGAGAUAACAGUUCACAUCCGAAACACAUGGGGUAAGCAUUGCGACGUCACACUAUAUAUGAGCUCGGUAACGAACGCUUCAUUCCCAACAAUUGGACUCGGCGUUCCUGAGGGUAAAAGGAAACUAGCUGUAAAGUCACGUGCUGCCUGGAUGUAUGUUUUCAAAUACUUUUUAAACAAGGCGGACUACUUUCUCAAAGCGGACUCGGAUACAUUUGUUGUGAUUCACAACUUGAGAGUAUUUUUGGAGAACCAUGAUCCCGCACAGCCAGAGUUUUUUGGUCAUAUAUUAUAUCAAAAUGGAAACAAGAAUAAAUUGUUUAUGUCUGGGGGAAGUGGGAUUGUGGUCAGUAAGGAAGCUUUGCGAAGACUUGUCCAGAUUGGAAUGCAGACAAUUAAACCCGACUGUUUCCCUUCAGGCUGGAGUAAGUCGGUAGAAAUUAAAAUUGGCCUAAUUCAUGUUUCUCGGCUAUAUUCUUUUAUUAGCUUUAUUAGAUUUUCAACGACUAAUCGCCUGAAUAUAUUGCAUCACCCUCUGAAUAGAUUGAACAAAAAUGAGGUCUAAUUAAAAUAUUUUUAUCUAAAAAUGGCAACAACCAACCAUCUUGUAUUUUGGCCAGGGGGAUUAACCCCUUUGUUAUAAUAAAAAAUUAUAAUAUUAUAAGUUAUUGAAUGAUUUGAAGUGCAAUACAGGAUAUAUUCUGCUCUAGAAAUUCCGUGUUGGAACGAGACGAAGUCGAGUGCCAAUACAGAAUAUCGAGAGCAAAAUGUAUCCUGGACCUGUAUUGCACUUCAAAUCAUUCUAUAACGUUUUUAUCGUGUUUUAUUUUG